UCCGCAGUGAUGCUGGCAGUGAUGCUGCUGCUGCUGCACGCUUCCGGAGCUCCAGUUGAAGACGUGCCCACCGACACCCCGGCAGGUGAGCCCUCAGGUGAGGAGGAGGUGUGGCCCUCCGACCUGCUGAGCGCCUCGCCGGUGUGGCUCUCGGUCCUCGACGCAACCAGACGCCACAAGAAGGAGUUUGAGGAUGAAUUCCAUAAUGUGUUGAAAUAUCAUUUUCUGGAGAACUACAAAGUCUCCUCACUUCCAGUAGGCUGCCCUCACUCCAACUUCAGCAAGGAGGCUUGUCUCCACAGAUUGGCCCAAGGCCUGCUUAUUUACACAGCUCUUCUCAAGCAUGUGGAGAAGGAGUACCCCGGCAGCUUGAUCUGCUCGGUGGUCAAAUACAACAGCGGCCUCCUGAUCAACAUGAGCAAAGACAAGAUGAGGAACCCUGAACAGGUCACAGCACUGAGCAGCAGCCAGGAGGCUCAGCUGCUGAGGGACCUCGACAGCCCCGACGCUUUCCAACGGAAGAUGACUGCACACAGCAUCCUGCGCCAGCUCCACCACUUCCUCAUCGAUAGCAAAAGAGCAAUUACCAAAAAGGAGAAAACAAGGGGAAGUAUGGCCAACAGGGUUUUGACACCUAUCAGUCUCUAUGACGUAACGUUUAAAGAUGAGGUCAUAAAUAAUCAGAUAUGAAGGACUACCUCAUGGAAACCGGGUGGUGUCGACACUGCUGCU